AUGGUCUGUACGGCACUCAGAAAGGGUAUUAGGCAUGGGAGCGUGACUAUCGCCGACAACUCCGGUUUAUAUACUUUCGGAGAGAGUACUCCUAAUACGAAUAGAUGCGGAACUCUCUACAUUCAUGACGAGACGUUCUGGGUUCGGAUCUACGUGUGGUACGACAUUGGCUUUUCCGAAGCCUUCCUAAAUGGAGAGUUCACAUCUCCAGACCUGAAGACCAUACUAAACAUCUAUAUUGACAAUCACUUGGAAUUGGACGCUUUCUCGACAGUGGUAUACAGGGUCAAGAGCGUGAUCGACUCAGUCAUUCAACGGUUUAGUCAUGGUCUGACCAAAGCUGCGGAGAAUGUUGCUGGAUACGACGCCUCCAACGAUUUAUACCGCGCAUUCCUGAGUGCGGAAAUGCAGUAUUCUUGCCCCAUCUGGGGCCAAGAAGAAGGUGGGGUUCGUGGGGACUUGGAAGGGCAGCGACGUCUGGGCGACUUGGAAAGUGCCCAGAAGCGCAAGAUUGAUGCUAUUCUCCGUAAAGCUCGUCUACGUCCUGGAGACAGACUCCUGGAAAUUGGAAGUGGGUGGGGAGGCAUUGCCAUCGCGGCGGCUACAUUGGGCUGCAAGGUGGACACCAUCACGCUCUCUGUGGAGCAGUGUACCCUGGCUAGAGAAAGGGUGGAAGAGGCAGGGUUUUCUCAUUCUGUUCGGGUCCAUCUAAUGGACUAUCGAAACCUCCCACCUGAGUUUCACAAGGCUUUUGACGCAUGCAUUAGCAUAGAGAUGCUGGAGGCCGUCGGCAGCGAGUGGAUGUCUACUUACAUCAAGACAAUUGACUGGGCGCUGAAGGACGAUCGAGCUGCAGUCGUUCUAUCUGCGACUACGUAUCCUGAAGGCACACAUAAGUCUAUUCAAGGAAAUGACUUCGUGCGCAAGUAUCAUUGGCCUAAUUGCACACUCCCUACUUCUACAUCCCUUGCAAACGCAUUCCGAGAUACCCUCAAUGGGAGUUUCUCUUUGGAGUCUAUUGAAGAUAUUGGUUGCCACUACCCUCGCUGCUUGCGUGAAUGGCGCAGGAGACUCAAUGAAAACUGGUCGGAAACGCUCUUGAAAUCUCUUCGAAUCCGCUACCCUACACUGAAGAAUGAGAUGACCCUUGCUGUCUUCAAGCGACGUUGGGAAUAUAUGUACAUAUACAUGGAAGUCGCAUACUCCCGAGUGUGGCUGAGUCUUCCGAUAUGGACUUUUGUUCGUCCGGUCUGCGGAAAACGAAGGUAG